AAAUAUUUUCAAAUAUGCUGAGAUGAGCAAAAUAUCCAGUAAUGUUAUUACUGAAAAAUGUGUAUGUUUUCCAAGCUGGCAUUGGCAUCUUAGCCAAUGCCUUCCUCCUUGUCUUCCACAUCUUCAGAUUCCAUCAAAUUCAUAGACCUAGACCAACAGACAUGAUCAUUUGUCAACUAGCUUUUGUCCAUAAGGUGAUGCUACUUACCACUCUAGAUAUUUUAUCUGCAGACAUGCUCAAAUCCAUUGGAUUUCCAAAUGAAUUAAAAUGUAAAGUUUUGCUUUAUGCAAGUAGAGUAUUUAGGGGUCUCUCCAUCUCCACCACCUGUCUCCUGAGCAUUGUUCAGGUCAUCACCAUCAGUCCCAGCUCCUUCUGCUCGUCAAGAUUAAAACAGAAACUCAAAAAACAUAUUGUCAUUGCUUUCUUCUGUAUUUGGUCCCUCAACCUGUCUUCCAAUAGCAACAUGAUCAUCUAUGCUGUAGCUCAAUCCAACAGAACCAAUCUACUCAAUGUCAGAAUGAUGCUGCUCUCCAGCAUGUACAUGGUGAUUUUCUUAUGUAGCCAUCAGAGGAAGUCUGAGUACCUUCACAGCGUUAGCAUUUCCCCAAGAACCCCAAGAAUCUCCCCGGGAAAAUGGGCCACCCAUACUGUCCUAGUGCUGUGUUCACAGAUGGUGGUAGAAGGCAGUUGCACACUGCAAUGCCUGGCGUUCGACAAAUGCACAGCCUGUUCUUCCAAAGUUCUGGACCAGUAUGAAUGGGAAGGGUUUGACUUCCUCGCGAAGGUGUUUAACUCUUCACAUUCCUUCCUGGAAGACUUGACCGGCCUCACCCUGCUACACCAGGAGACCCAGGCGGCCGAGGCACGGUGGUCUUUGUGA